UACCGAUCGUAGUGCUUUGACUUUUGCUGUCGUCUAAGAUUUGCAGAAAGCACUGAGCUGAGAGAACAUACAUCAUGACCUCGGCUCUCCUCUUCCUCCUCCUUUCGCUCAUGAGCAGCGCUGUCUUCUCCCUUCCUCCGGGGGCGACCAACAAAAUGGGUGGAACCAAAGAGAAUCUAAUAGAUGAAAGUGAGGAGUCAAGUGUCUCAGACAUGAUCGAGGCAGUAAAUGCUAACCUGGGAAAUGUCCGGGGAGGCCCUCGCAUCAUUUACGGUGACAUCGCCAUGAGUACCAGCUCACGAAACGCAGUUCCAUGCACAGCCAAAGGCUGCAAGUGGCGAAAAUAUGGCCGUUAUGUCUACGUGCCCGUCUUUAUCUCUUAUUCAUACUCCAGGGCCGAACGCAACGUCAUCAUCCGAGCCCUGGUAUCCUUCCACAGAACGAGCUGCAUUCGCUUUGUGUGGCGGAAAAGACAAAGGGACUACAUCUAUUUCUACCCAGGCAAUGGGUGCUGGUCCCGUCUGGGCCGUCAAGGUAGAUGGCAGUUAAUCUCUCUUCAGAAGCGGGGAUGUGUGAACCAUGGAACGGUCCAACAUGAGGUGCUCCACGCCCUGGGUUUCCACCACGAGCAGGUCCGCUCAGACAGGGACCGAUAUGUCACCAUCAAAACGGAGAACAUCCUGCCAGGAAGAGAGCAUAACUUUAGGAAGGUGCAGACAAAUAACCUAGCUACACCCUAUGACUACAACUCUGUCAUGCACUACGGCAGAUACGCAUUCUCUAAGGCCCGUGGCAGACUGCCCACCAUCGUCCCAAAGCCCAACCCCAAUGUCAGCAUUGGAGGAGCCCGAGCAAUGAGCCGAAAUGACAUUAACCGUGUCAACAGGCUCUACCAAUGCUGGUGAUGAUGAAAGGCAGGUUUUGGCCUCCAGACACGGAGUGGUGUGGAUCCUCUUGCUUGGGACGAUUCGUCUUUCUGCUCUUUCAAUGUACAAACAUAGUCAGUAUCAUACACAUGAAUUGUUACACUUAGACUGAAACACAAGAUUGCACACGGUGCUGCUUUCUCUUUGAGCAGAUCAGCUUGUAGUUUUGAUGGCUUUAUCAUCUAAGGCCCUUUGGCAGGACUGAUGUUGUAUAACAUUGAUAUAACCAGCGGGUAUCAUUUCUCCAUCUCAUAAUCAAAUUAAACCUUUCCCUUGGUGUUAGGGAUUACACUAGCAACUUCUCAUGGUAUUUGUCAUUCUGUAAUUUGGCCAAAUUGCCACCCCAAAUGUUUCAACCAUGAUACAGCCUCCUCAUCCUCAUUUUCUGUAGUUGCUAUUUGGGGUUUUUUUUCCUUUGUAUUUUUACAUUAUCAGUCUUACUUUUGUAUUUUUUACAUGCUUUUUCCUGCUGAAUAAAAUAUCUUCUA